UUGUCUCGCCCAGUCACAGAGACCAGGCAGAAAACAUCAGCGGAGAAAACAAGCGGCCGGAGCGAGCCGGCUCGUACGAGCUCGGUUAUUCCUGUAGCUCGCGGAGGCGUCGGCAAAAUGAGGGGACUCCUUCCGUUGUACCGGGGCCUGUGCUCCGGAGGAAGCCGGCACGUCAGGACAACCUCUGCGGUUGUCGGCUCUCGGUGUGGGUUUUGCGGAACUAAUAGCAAGCCCCAGCCAAAGUUCGGCUUGUUGUUCGACAUUGAUGGCGUGCUGGUCCGUGGAAGGAUGCUGAUCCCAGCUGCCAAAAAGGCCUUCGAGAAAUUGGUGGAUUCUCGGGGACAGUUUGUGGUGCCAGUAGUUUUUGUGACAAAUGCAGGGAAUUGCCUCAGACAAAAGAAAGCAGACCAGCUCUCGCACAUCCUUGGAGUACAGAUCACUCAAGAUCAAGUCAUCAUGUCUCAUAGUCCUUUGAGGAUGUUCAAGAAGUUCCAUGACAAGUGCGUGCUUGUGUCAGGACAAGGACCAGUUCUGGAAAUUGCUAAAAAUCUUGGCUUUAAUAACGUCGUAAGUAUUGACAUGCUGAGGGAAUCAUUCCCACUUCUGGACAUGGUGGACCACAACAGGAGACCCAAACUGCCGUCCAAUCCUGUAGGCAACCUUCCCAAGGUUGAGGCUGUGGUUCUCUUCGGGGAGCCAAUUCGAUGGGAGACCAAUCUGCAGCUCAUCGUUGACGUUUUAAUGACCAACGGCAAUCUCAGUAGCGUUCACCAAACCCAAAACACACCUCACCUGCCCUUACUGGCCUGCAACAUGGACCUGAUGUGGAUGGCCGAGGCACAUUCUCCACGGUUUGGACACGGCACCUUUCUUGUGUGCUUAGAGAAUAUCUACAAGAAGAUAACCGGUAAAGACCUCAAGUAUGAGGCUCUGAUGGGAAAACCAAGCGAGCUGACCUACCAUUUUGCUGAGUACCUCAUCCGCGGGCAGGCCUUGCAGAGGCAAUGGGAACGUCCCAUCACUUCCCUCUAUGCUAUAGGGGAUAACCUAAUGACUGACAUCUACGGAGCUAACCUGUACAACCGCUACCUGGAGGAGAGAAUAGCGAGAAAGAACCCCAAAGCCGUUGCCAAGCUGGCAGCCGCCACCGGCUCCACCACCGCAGUGCCCACAGAAAUGGAGGUUGACAACCUGUGGGAGAGCGAGCUGGCUUUGCCCGCCGCCACCUCCUGUAAAUCAGUCCUGGUGUGCACAGGCGUCUACAACCCCAAAGCAGAGGUGCCGUCUGACGCCAGCCGCUGCAUCAAGGAAACAGUGUUCCACGGCCACCGGGACUUCCGCUUCGACCCCGCGCUGGUGGAGCCGGGUCACAUUGUGCACGAUGUGGCCGAAGCUGUUGAGCUCAUUUUUGAGCAAGAAAAGUUUGUGCCUCAGUAGAAAAUGGAGGGAGGAUGGACUCUUCCCCUGAUACACUGUGCGUCCUGUUCCACCACCCGAGGGCUUUUAGUCUUUUAAACAUGGAAAUUAGAACAAAAAUGCCCUGUUUGUGUGACAGUCAGCUGAUCUUUUUUAUUGCUUUUGCGAGCCGCUUGUUUUUAUUUGAUGAAACUGCCUUAUGUUACCCUGCUAAAUAUUUUUAGACGAUAUCGAUGUGCAGAAACAUGAGCUCAUCCUAUAUUUGUUACAAGUCCCCCACUGGUUUGACAAAGCAUUUCAAGUAGUGGACCUGUCCUUUAGAGGCCACCUUUUAGCGUUUCAAUGGUUUACGUGUUUUUUCCCUUGAAAAUCUAUGCAUGAUUGAGAGUAUUUGUACUGUAUGAACAAACUGUUGGGUGUGCAAUAUGGCCCUCAAUUCGUACCACACUGUGCGUAGUUGCGAGAGACUUGACCAGUAUUUGUGUUCAUUGUAACCAUUUUGUUAACACGCCAUUACUUCCCUGUUUGUUGUUACAUACCACGUGCUUACUCUACUUUUAUUUUUGUAUUUUGCCAAACACAAGCCUUUAAUGCUCUAUUUGACCAUUUGUAGUGUUUCACUCAUUGUAAAUACUGUAACUCAAGAAAAUAUAAGGAAUCGUUGCAAACA